GGGUGCGGUUAAUACACCGUUACUUACGAUCUCUGUCCCUAGUAAGCGAUCAGUGGAAUUAACUUCAACUCUUCUUGAUUCAACUGAUGGAUCAGUGAUCAUGGCAGGUCUUGGUGCUCGGGAUAGUCUUAGGUUAGAAGCCGGGCUAUGUCUCUAUGGAAAUGACAUUGAUGAUGAUACAACUCCUGUAGAAGCCACUCUCGUGUGGACUAUAGGUAAGAGGAGACGGCAAUUAGGUGACUUUCCAGCAGCAAAUCAUAUCCUACAACAAAUAAAAGAAAAGCCAAGCAGGAAAAGAAUUGGAAUAGUGUCAUCUGGACCGCCAAUUCGAGGAGGGGAAAUCUACAGUGAAUCUGGCGAGUGUAUAGGUCAUGUGACCAGCGGGUGCCCAUCUCCAUCCUUGAAGGCCAAUAUUGUCAUGGGAUAUGUGUCAGCAGCCCAUGCCAAGAAUGGAACAAAGGUACAGUUCCAAGUGCGUAAGAAGACUGUUGAUGGGGUGGUUACUAAGAUGCCAUUUGUGCCUACCAAUUACUACAUUGUAAAAUGAGGGAAAUUCAUACUGGAGACUCUUUCGCUGCCAUGGUACCAAGCCACACUUCUAUUUAAGUAUUGCUAGGAUCAAGUAAGUGUUACCUGAAUGGAAUGGACACUUGUGGACAGUUAUGUAUCAAUUAAUCCUGCAUUAUGGAGAUGGAUAACCUGCAAUGGUUUUGGAUGUUAACCUACUGUACAGUUAUUAGAUCUUGUGCAUGUUUUUUCUUUGAGAGAACUGUUAAACAGAUAGAUACAAUCAUAUGUUUUCAAAUAUUUUACUCUACUUCUUCUAUGGUAAUUUUUCAGAUACCUUGUGGACAUGGUAGAAUUGGGUGCUGUUAAGUUCCAGGUAGAGGUUUUAUUUCUGUUUGUCUGAGACUGCAAUUAGGAGAAGAAUAUCAUUCAUUCUGAUUUGGUAGAGAGAAUGAAAUGUUAAAAAUCUAUUAAAAAAAAAAAAUGAAGAUCCAUAUAUUGCAGAUAAGUUUGACAAUUAUGUUGGAAUUAAUUCAAUAAAAUUUGCAUACUUUUUCCUAACAAUUAAGAUAACUGAUUAUUCACUCAACUCUGUAGCCAUUGAACCUAUUCAAACACCAUGUUCCAACAAAGACCUUACAUUUAUUAUUAAGUUAUAUUCCUUGACAAAAGUAUCUAACAGAUGAUGAAGAAGAAGUUAAUGUAUAUCAGCAAAAAGAAAUAUCUUUGUAUGUUUUAAUGGGAACAGGUUUUGUGAAGUAUCGCUUUGUAUGUUUAUUUCUAGGGGAUAAAAAUGACUGCUUUGAGCUGCCUGUGCCCAUAUUAGGUGAUGUCGGAGACAUUGUGCUUUUGAGUGCUCUGUCUGUCCCAUUUUUGUUCUUGUGAUAUGUCAAGUCAAGAAAUGUCAUUCGUGUGCACAAUAAUUCAGAGUGACAAUGAUGUGAUUAGGGUUUAGGUAAUAGAGGUUGAAAUUAUCACAUAGUCUUUUGUAUACCUUAAAGCGGCAUACCAUUGACAAAUCAUGGGGAAAUCAAGGCCUAUCUCAGAACAGAGAAGGGAAUCAAGUCUUUCACUUGGCUUACUUUCACUACAAGGAUAGUCUAUUCCAAGUGCCAUGAUUUAUUGCCCUGUUUCAAAUUUUGCUCGAUGAGAAAACAGCUUAUGAUAUGGAAGAGCAAUUACAAGGCCUUCUUCCAGACUGCCUGGGGUUGUUAUUAAUAGAUGCUGGCAUGUCUGGGAGGUCUAAUGGGAGAGUGAUAGGUAGGGGAAUGCGGGGUAAGUUGUGACACUUUUUGUAUUUUGUAUGUUAGAAUUGAUAUGACUAAUAAUGUUGUAGACAUAAGUACCUUGCCUUUAUACCCCCAUCUCACUAGAUGGCGAUUCCACUGCGAUCGUUAAAAUCGACAAAGCGUGGUAUAACAUAGCUUGAUCGUGCCUUGAUCUUUUCAAUCUUCUCCGUCGUACCUUGAUCUUUUCUGAAGCGGCAAGGAUCGCCACCAUCUUCCUGGUCGCCACAAAAUUUUGAACAUGUUCAAAACUUACGUAGCGAGAUCGCGGAGGUGCUAAAGCGCAUCACAAUCGAGUCGUGAGCGUAUUACAAACGACAAAUUCGUAGCUGUAACGGAGCCCCAACGCAUAAAGCGUAGUAUAAGCGCAUUACGGCACCGAUCGCCCGUGGUUUUCAGGCCCGUUCCCAAGACAAUUCUGCUACGCUGCUUCCGUUUACAAGGCGACUGCCUUGCGCUCGACACGCUUCACACAGCUUCCACCACGACGCUUCCUUCUUUGGGUGGCAUGUGGCACACGUUCUCAGCCCGCUACAGGCGUUCGCGUUGCGCUUUUGCUGCGCCGCUGAUGACUGGGCAGCGAUUGCGCAACAACCGUCUGCGCUGCUAUAAAACACCGUGCCGAUGGUGGUGGAUUAUCAUAUUUGCAACAGAUUACGAGGCGAUACCACGGCGUUUUCAAACAUACCUCCCAGAAAAAGGACCAGAAAAGGGAAAGCUGCCCAAGCUACCCCUCUUAGGCCGGCGGUCGAAGAGGAAGAUCAAGGGGUUAUGGUGGUGGUAGAGGAGGAGGAGGUAGAGGAGGAAGAGGAGGGGGUACAGGAGGAGGAUGAAAAUCUUACUGCUGAGCCAGCUGGAAAGAGAAAAAAGACGCUCACAUGUCUUGAUGACGAAAUGGGUUACCUCUGCAAAAACAAAUAAAUUGAUUAUGUUUUGAAAAUAAAUUGAAUUCUAACCACAGUGACAGUAGACAACAUCAAAUUUUGUUAAUGAUUCGAUCACUAAUGUAUUGAUUGGGAAAGGCAAUCUUUAGGGAGAUUCUGGCAUUGUGCGCCCCCCUCCCCCUCCCUUUUUAUGAGUGCUCUCACAUCAGUAGACUACUUCUUGUCAGCAAAUUUGAAAGGAAUUUACCAAAUAUUUUUGAGUGACAAACUUUGUGGAAAAAAAUAAACAGAAUAUCAAAGAUUUGUAUGCUCUUUUAUGAAAUUCUGGAUGCAUCCCUCAUAUUAACUAUUAGGCUCAUCGACAGCUUUUGAAUGAAAUUUUUAAAAUAUUGUAUAUUAUGACUUAGGUGACAGCCAGGAUCGGACCCUGUAUCUUUUUGGCCUCCUCCUUCUCCUGUCCUCGCAUUCAACUUUCAACUGAUGUUCUUUUAGAAUGCCAAGAUGUAUAAGUCCAACCAAAUUCUGGACAUCCAAGUUGGUCGGAGGUUUGCAAUCGACUGAAAAAUGUGUCAUGUGCCGCGAUUAGUAUGCCGAUUGCUUGAAAUCGUUUCAAGAGCCCAUCAUGAACGUAACAUAAUCGCUUCAUUCGUAGCACCACCGUACCGAGGUCCUUAUUAGCGUAUGAGCCUCAUUGUACGAUCGCUUUGAUCGCAGAAGCAGCGCAUCACAUCUGCUUGAAUCGUCGCAAGAAAGUGGCAUCGUCGUACUUUCAGCGUAUUACCAUCGCCUUCAGCGCAGGUCGGUCGCAUAGAAGUCGCAAUGCAAUCGUCUAGCAGGCUAAAAAUAGAAUUCGAGGAAGAUUCUGCUACGAUUUGCGGGAUUUACAUAGAUCGCCAUGGUCGCCACAAUCGCCUUCCUAGUGAGAUGGGGGUAUUAAAUUAGAUUUGAAAUAUUUUUCACCUAUAUAUAACUUUCUACCCCCACACUGAAAUUUAUUGUGACCUUUGAAAAAAACAAUGUCAAAUGGCUCAACUUACCCCAUAUGUGGGGUAAGUUGUGCCACCUUCUGAGGUAAGUUGAGCCACAAAAACUAUGUACAAAAUGUAUGCAGGAAGAAGCAGCAUGUCAGUUUUUUAUUUCAAGACUUUUCACUUGCUAAUUCUCUAUAAAUACUAACAUCAUCUAAAAGUAAAAGAACUGUCAUGUGAAUUUACACCUUUCUGCCUGCAUAUCAAUGGCUUUUCAAUUUUUUUUUUAUUUUUUAAAAAUUCUUAUCACCAUAAAAAUUACCAAGGCUCAACUUGCCCCAUGGUUGCUGGCUCAAAGUACCCCAGUCCGAACUUAAUGCGAUAUUUUCACAUCCACACAUUUAAUAUGCAUCCAUCAUUUAAAAGACUAUGACAAGAAUGAAGAUCCAUACCUGGACUAACAAUAUUGUUCUUAUUUCUUUAUUUUAUUUAAAGACGUGUGUGGGUAAAAAGCACUCCUUUGUUUCACACCCUUUUUUACUAUUUUUCCGGAAAUUUGUAUUUUUCUGUCUAAAAAAGUAUUUUUUGUUUCAAAGUCGAAAACAAUGUGGUUGGGUAAAGGGUUAUAUAAUGGGUCAUCAAUACAUGACACCACCACAAUGUCCGACUCAUUCAUUAUUGACCUGGGGGUGGUGGCUCAACUUGCCCCUAUGCUCAACUUACCCCGCCUUCCCCGACAUGUAGUAGACUCGCCAACCAGAAGUGAACUGCAUGUUUUUGUGUUGAAACAUGUGACUUCACAGAGGAUAUUUGUUUUGGUUUAGCAAUCAAGAGACCUGCUAUUAGGGUCUAGGAAUUGGGAUUGUUGGAAACCGCAACAACCCGAAGUAAAUAACGAUCAAAUUUAUAAUUAAAUAAUGGCCAAAUUUGUGCUGUCUAAACUUUUAUUGCAUUAGUCCGACGGGCUCUCAUGACAGACGUAUUAUAUUAUGCAAGUCAACUGGCCUUUUACAAAUUUCGUACUGAUUCAAUUUCCCCAUGAUUUGUCAAUGGUAGGCCUUUUAACCCUUAUUAAACUUGGGGGGGGGGGGGUCAAUUUGACCCCAUCGACAAAUUUCGUCACUACGCCGUAGCGCAAAACCUUUUGACAGCAUCGCUCGCUGACUUUUUACUUUCAAGUCUUUUACAUCUUUUGAGACCAAAUUUGCGAUGCCGGGAUACAUGGUUCCGAAAUUAUGCAACAUUUUGUAAGUGCAUGUCAGACCCCAAAAUGCUCAAUAACGUGAUUCCGUGUACAAAGUCAAUGCAAAUUGUGUUUUUCAACCAAAAAUUAUAAAUGUAUGAUUAUUUGUACUUUGUUGAUUUGAAUGGUUUUAUUUUAUGCUAUUUAUGAUCACAAAACGGUCCCUGACAAAGUUAAUUGGAAAAAAUAAUAAAAAACAAAGGUUAAAAAAAAUAAGAAAUACAUAAGAAUAAAAAAAACCAAUGAAAUACAUAAGAAAUUAAUUAUAUUUUGCAAUUUUUUAUAGAUAUUUGUUAGAAAUGUAAAAAUUGAUACUCUCGCCCAAAAUUAGCCUUCUACCAGCUAUAUAAAUUGGGUUAAAGGCAAAAACAUAAAAAAAAACAAAUUUAGGGCAAAUUUCAUACACUUAAAUGUAUUUGCAUAAUUACUUAAUAAAAACUAUAAACAAUUGAUUUUUG